AUGAUACGCACCGGAAAAUAUCCGCGUUCAAUAUGCGCCAGUUGCUCUUUCCGAGGGCGCUCGUUCUCGACAACCCGGCAGUCGCAGGGACCUCAACAUCCACCGCAAACCGGAUAUGCUCGACUCACAAACCGGGGCUUAAUCUCCAUCACGGGCGUCGACAGCACUACAUUUCUCCAGGGCCUAGUCACACAGAAUAUGUUUAUUCCCAAUGAUCCAAACCGCAGAGUUCGACAUACAGGCUCCUACGCUGCCUUCCUGAACUCCACCGGCCGAAUCCUAAACGACGCCUUUAUCUACCCUCUAACACAAGCGGAUGAGCCAGCGUGGCUCGUGGAAGUCGACAAAGAUCAGGUCCCCAAACUCCUGAAGCAUCUGAAAAAGCAUAAGCUGCGCGCGAAGUUGAAGCUCCGCGCACUAGAUGACGGCGAGCGAACGGUCUGGGCGAGCUGGAAGAAUCACUCUGAGCCGCGCUGGGCGGCAUAUAAUCUGGAGUCGACUAGCUCUUCACCGUUCCCUGCGCAUGCAUCGAUUGUCGGAUGUGUCGAUACGAGGGCACCCGGCUUCGGUUCCCGUCUUGUUGUUCCCGGUGAUGGAGAUUUACGGACAUAUUUUCAGGGCGAGGACGAGACGCAUAUUGCGGCCACGGGAGAGGAAGUUGACUUGGAUACUUAUACCGUUCGUCGUAUGCUUCACGGUGUCGCCGAAGGCCAGUCCGAAAUUAUCUCCGAGUCAGCGCUGCCUUUAGAAUGCAAUAUGGAUAUGAUGCGGGGUGUUGACUUCCGGAAGGGAUGCUAUGUUGGCCAGGAACUCACCAUCCGGACACAUCACCGCGGUGUCGUACGGAAGCGCAUCCUCCCUGUCCAGCUGUAUAAUGAUGGUUUGGGCGCUAUCUCAUCUUCUUCCGAUAGCCCCGUGUACGAUCCCACCGUCGACAUCCGGCUCCCCCCGGCCGGCUCAAAUAUUUCCAAGGUCAGCGCGCGCAAGGGGCGCAGCGCAGGCAAAUUUCUAGGUGGUAUCGGGAACAUCGGACUGGCGCUAUGUCGGCUAGAGAUGAUGACUGAUAUUGCACUUACUGGAGAGGCAAGUCAGUACAGUGCUGAGCAGGAGUUUAAGGUUUCCUGGGAGGCUGAUGCUGAGGUAUCCCACGGUCAGACUCUAAAGAGUGGAGAAGUGAAGGUGAAAGCCAUCGUGCCAACUUGGACCAGGGAGUUUAUUCUCGCAGGAAUUGCAAAGAGCAGCGCUGCUAAUAACCACGAAGGUCACCGAGCGAGGGACUAUGUAGAGCAGUUGGAGGAGGAAGAGUCUCAACGGUAAAACGUUAGCGUCUCUGUAAAAUAAUGUACAUGUAUUUCUAGGUUGUACAGCGCCACAAUGCAGAAA